AUGUCAGGACGCACACAAUCAGGAACAAAGCAGAAGGUGAUGAUACCACCAAUUAAUUUUAUUUUCAAGCUUUUACAGCAACAUACUACAGUGUGUAUCUGGCUUUAUGAGCAAACUGAAAUGAAAAUUGAAGGGAAAAUAAGGGGUUUUGAUGAAUUUAUGAAUUUAGUAAUUGAUGAAGCGGUAGAAAUAGGCCAAAAAAAAAAUUCCAGUAGAUCACUCGGCCGUAUCCUAUUAAAAGGUGACAACAUUACUUUAAUCCAGGCAGCACAACUUUAA